CGUGAGCAGGACUGAUGGAGGCAGAGCAAAGGGGCGUGUGAGACUGCAGUUGCAUCCUUCUUCUUGCAUCCCUCCAUUCGACGCGUGCGGAGCGACGGCACAGCUGCUUCCUCUACCUCCUGCGCUCCAAACGCUGAAUCCGGCAUGUUCUGCUUCUGCCUGCAGAGCUCGCUGUUGAAGCUCCAGGCUCUGGAAGGAGAUUCCAGCCCAUCUUCAGAACCCUCUCCCGAAGACAGUCCACCCAUCCUGGGAUUCAAAGAGGAGAUCCAGGCUCCGUCAUGCAAUGGCGUGGAAGAAGAAAACAGCCCACUAGACUACAGGCUGGCAGAGGGUGACUGUAGCAGUGAUGUUCAGCAGAGCCCGGGGCCCAGUCGACUCAUCCAGCACAUCACAGAUGACAACAGCCCCCUGCUCUCCCCGCGCUGCUCCAGCCUCAGCCAGAGCCAACGCUUCAACACAGACCCAGAGUCUGCCCCGUCUCCACCCUGCGCACAGCAUCUCUUUAUGGCUCGUGAGGUUGUUAGAACGGAGGUUUCUGGAGACGCUAAAGAAGUCGCUUCUAUUCCCCUUCUCACCAAACACAUCCAGACACUCAAAAGGAAAAUAAGGAAAUUUGAGGAGCACUUUGAACAGGAAAUGAACUAUAAGCCUUCACAUAAUGAUAAAUCAGCCAAUCCAGAGAUUUUCAAGCUCAUGAGCGAACUUGCCAGAUCUCGCAAACAACUCAAAGCUUUAAAGCUGAGACAGUCAUUUGAGCAAUCCCAAAGACAAGACGGUAUUGAGUCCACAGAGAUCUGCAGGUACACGAACAGCCAGCAGGAGGCGCCAGAGCAGCAGACUCAGCAGCACAAACCCUCUCUAGAGGAAACUGUGGACUCGCUCCUCAGACGGCUGCGGGAGAAACGGCAGACCCUCGGCCUCCCAGACAACAUGAAGGAGAUGACCCAGAGACAAAUGGCCCUGGAGAAAAUCACUCUGCAGAAAUGUCUGCUGUAUUUUGAGAGCUUGCACGGUCGUCCCGGCACCAAACAAGAGAGAAACCUGGUGAAACCUCUCUACGACAGAUACCAGAUGGUAAAACAAAUCCUGUGUGCCACUCCCACCAUCACAACCAUAGAAGAAGAAGAAGGGUCAGAUGAAGACUCUGUUCGGUACACACCUCCCCCCAUGUGUCUCACAGAAAGGAGAGGCUGUGGGGAGGAGGAGGGAGACAGUGAUCCAGCGUUUGUGUCCCCGCUGGACGAGAUCAAGACAGUGAGACAGUCAGCCAUUACCAUGUCCAGCCUUCACGAGGCCUCCAGGUCUGAGUUGCUGGAGUGUUUGAGGGAGACUCGAGCAGAGAAAAAGAGACGACGUAAAGCCAUCAGAGAGUUUGAAGAGCAAUUCUUGAGACAGAUGGGAAGAACGGCACAAAAAGAUGAUCGAAUCCCUAUGGCUGAGGAGUACCAGGAGUACAAAAGUCUCAAAGCCAAAUUACGCUUACUGGAAGUGUUGCUCAGCAAACAGGAAACCACAAAGACUAUUUGAGUCAAUGAGAUUUGUUCUGCCUUUCAGUAUUCACCCAAUGUUUGGACCAAAUAGACUUUUUACAUUUGACAUAUUUGUGCCAUAAAGAUGCUAAAAUGCACUUUAUUAUUAUUUCUGUGUUGAAUUGACCACACUGGAAGUACUAGACUCAAGGCUGGGCAAGGCCUUUUUUGGUGGCUACUGUAACAUAAACGCAGUGUGCAAUCUCUGUGCUGUGUACAGAGUGAGAUGGAUCUAUACAAAUUUCAUAUUUCAGUGGGUGAAAAGGAAAUAUAGAGUAUUCAUCUAUGAUUAAGGAAUAUGGCACUUUAUUUUUGGAGGAGAUUUUUUUAACCAAAGUCUAAAUCAUAUGCAAUUUUCAAAUUUUCCUGCUCUUAUUUGAAGGUAGUUUAUGAUUCUAAUUAGGAACAUGGUGACAGUAUGCACACUAAUGAGGAUCCAUGAUUCUCUGGGGCUAGGAGCUAUGGCAAAACAACCCAGAGCACUUAAAAUAAUAAUUUUAUGCAAAUUUCAGUGAUUUCCCUCGCAUAGACAUGCAGAGACCAAUCAUAAUUUUAUGCAUUGUAUGAACUAACACAAGUAAUUGUGUUUAUUUCUCAUAUAUUUGUCUCUAGUAUGAAAAAGAAAAUUGAUAUUUUAUAACUGGAGCAUGAAAUGAGAAGUACGAAAUGUUCUCCCCGAAAAUUUUCUGGAUAGUAAAGGUAGAAAGAAAGCCAAGGACUGUAUUUUAAAAGAUAUCACUAGUAAAUCUACUCAGUUUAAAAUUGUGUUAAAGUAAGGAACAUGGCCAUCACAGAGCACAGUUUUCCUCCUAUACAUGAAAAAUAAGUCAUGAUAUUUUAAGUCAGUGGUUAAAAUGACUAUUGAACACUGUCAAAUCACAUUUUAAGCUAAAAACAAUACUGAAGCCCAAAGCAGAAGAUAUGUUCAUAAGAAGCAGAUGAGUGCUUGAAGUGCAAUUCUGCUCAAGUAGCUACUCAAAAUGAAACAAUCAACAUCUUUCUUUCUCCGACGGCUCUACUGCAAUGAACUAUAACAAUCUUUGUGUUGUGUCUUUGCAUGCCAACCAGCGUAAACUGUUGAACUGUGCUACAAUCAGGUGUGGUUAUUCUGUGUCAUGUUAUCUUUGUCCCAGACUUUAUUUGCUAUACACAUCCACAAUGACAAAUGUAUCUUUUGAAUGUUAGCUAUAGUGCACGUAAAUUCUACUUUGGUUUAUAAAGUAAAUAUAUAAUCUCUAUAUAUUUACUUUACCGUGAACCUAUUCUUUCCCAUCGCCAAAGUCUUCUGUAUUGUGCACUUCUGGUUCUGUCCAUUUUCUAUUCACCAGUUAAAAAAUAAAUAUUUUGUCUAUC